AUGUCGCAAGGUGUUGUGAGUAAAAAAGUUUUGUUGCAUAUCGUAUCGGAUGAACUUAUUGCGGUUUUGUCACAUUGUGCUUCUGACUUUUCCCGAUUGAGAUCUUCGUGCAUUCAUGAGGUUACAUUUUUAAGCCCCAGAUAUUCAUCUCGGGGAUUAUUGGUCGGGCGACGUUGCACAAAGUCAGAUGAUAAAGGAAUACGGCCAAUCAUGAAUCAAACACAUGAUGUUUCUCCAAGAAAAGACAACUAUUUGUUGCAUGUCUCUAGUCCACAGGUCUCCAUAAAAGUCCAUCUAUCACGUGCUAUAAUUGCAUUCAGAGAAUAA